AUGCGCAGUGGCAGCCUCGUCGGCAGCAUCAGGACCAAAAAGAUCCACGGGAGAGCCUGCGAUGCGAAGAAGAUGGUGCAUGUAGUAAACACGGCGAGGGAGCUGACUGUGUCCUUCUGCCGGACCGCAGUCGCCGCUUGCAUUUAUGAAACCGACAUCUGAGCUCAUUUCGUGCGGGACCUCAAACUAAAAGACAAAAGGAGGUCCUAUUUUCAGCCCAGCAGCCGCGCGCAAACGGAACGAUGCGACGACGAUAACACCACCGGAGGAAAUCGGUUUCGCCGCAUGACGACGCUUUGAGUCUUCUCUGCUGCGCUGCGACAGACGACGGAAGCAGGAGCCCUCGCAUGUCACCCCCGUAUGUCCGGCUUUCUCGUGUGAAUGGUCGCUGGUUUUUAGUGGGAUGCACAUCAGUGUUUGGCCGUACUCGCUCUCUGUCGUAAUGGCAGCUCUGUACCAGGGCACGGACGUUUCCUCUCCGUAUACAUUUCUGGCCUUGAAAGACGUGAGAGAGGUGAAAGAGGAGACGACGCUGGACGAGAAGCUCUUCCUGCUGGCAUGCGAGAAAGGCGACUACUACAUGGUGAAGAAACUGCUCCAGGAGAACCGCCACGGCGAGCUCAACCUCAACUGCAUGGACGUGCUGGGCCGGGAUGUCAUCACCAUCACCAUCGAGAAUGAGAAUCUAGACAUCCUGCAGCUUCUUCUGGAGCAUGGCUGCCUGGCGACGGACGCCUUGUUGGUGGCCAUAGACUCUGAGGUGGUGGGAGCUGUGGACAUCCUCCUCAACCAUAGGCCGAGGAGAUCCUCCAAGCCCUCCAUUGCAAAACUGAUGCAGCGUAUUCAGAACCCAGAGUAUUCAACCACCAUGGACGUGGCUCCGGUCAUCCUGGCGGCCCACAGGAAUAACUACGAGAUCCUGACUAUGCUGCUGAAGCAGGACAUCUCGCUACCCCGGCCGCACGCUGUCGGCUGCGAGUGCACGCUCUGCAACGCUAAAAACAAAAAGGACAGCUUGCGACACUCCAGGUUCCGCCUGGACAUCUACCGCUGCCUGGCCAGCCCCUCUCUGAUCAUGCUGACUGAAGAAGAUCCCAUACUUAGGGCCUUUGAGCUGAGUGCAGACCUCAAGGAGCUCAGUCUGGUUGAGGUGGAGUUCAGAAAUGAUUAUGAUGAUCUGGCGAAGCAGUGUAAGAUGUUUGCCAAGGACCUGCUGGCUCAGGCUCGAAACUCUCGAGAGCUAGAAGUGAUUCUCAACCACACAUCCAACGAGGAUCAAGUUGACAAGAGGGGUUUGCUUGAGGAGCGAAUGAACCUCAGUCGACUCAAGCUCGCCAUCAAGUACAACCAAAAAGAGUUUGUGGCUCAGUCCAACUGUCAACAGUUUCUCAACACCGUCUGGUUUGGGGAGACGGCCAGUUAUCGGCGCAAGCACACCUGUCUAAAGAUGGCCACGGUGCUGAGCGUGGCGAUGCUCUGGCCACUGCUCUCUAUCUGCUAUCUUCUGGUGCCACGCUCCCGGGUGGGCCAGAUCAUCCACACGCCCUUCGUCAAGUUCAUCAUCCACAGCGCCUCGUACUUCACUUUCCUGCUGCUGCUAAACCUGUACUCUCUGGUCUACAAUGACGGCAAGAAAAACACCAUGGGCCCUGCGCUGGAGAUGAUAGAUUACCUGCUCAUCCUAUGGAUAAUAGGGAUGGUGUGGUCGGAUGUGAAGCGACUGUGGUACCAGGGGCUGGAAGACUUUCUGGAUGAGUCUCGGAACCAGCUGAGCUUCGUCAUGAAUUCCCUUUACCUAGCCACCUUUGCCCUUAAGAUAGUUGCUCAUAGCAAGUUCAAGAACGUGGAGGACACAGAGAGGAAGAACUGGGAUGCCUUCCAUCCCAUCUUGGUGGCUGAGGGCCUGUUUGCCUUUGCCAACGUUCUAAGUUACCUGCGACUCUUCUUCAUGUACACCACCAGCUCCAUACUGGGACCGCUACAGAUCUCCAUGGGUCAGAUGCUGCAGGAGUUUGGAAAGUUUUUAGGCCUCUUCCUGUUGGUGUUAUUCUCCUUCACCAUUGGACUCACCCAACUUUACGGAAAGGACCAGCAAGACCCAGACAAGAAUUCAGCAAAGGACUGCGAGGGCAUAUUCUGCCAGCAACAGAGCAAUGAUGCAUUCCACACAUUCAUGGGGACCUGCUACGCCCUGUUCUGGUACAUCUUCUCCCUGGCACACGUGGCGCUCUUCGUCACCCGCAUCAGCUACACAGAGGAGCUGCGCUCUUUUGUGGGUGCCAUGAUCAUAGGCACAUACAACAUUGUGGUGGUCAUUGUGCUGACCAAGCUGCUGGUGGCCAUGCUCCAUAAAAGCUUCAGACAAAUUGCUAAUCACGAGGACAAGGAGUGGAAGUUUGCUCGUGCCAAACUGUGGCUGAGCUACUUUAAUGACAAGUGUACCAUGCCUCCGCCAUUCAACAUCCUCCCCUCCCCAAAGACUGUCUGCUACCUGGUGAUCAGCAUGAGCAAGUGGCUCUGUUCGCACACCUCAAAAGGCAUGGUGAAGAGACAGAAUAGCCUCAGGGAGUGGAAGAACCUGAAGCAGAAGCGAGAUGAGAACUAUCAGAAGAUCAUGUGUUGUCUGGUUCACCGCUACUUGACCUCCACGCGGCAGAAGAUGCAGAGCACAGACCAGGCCACGGUGGAGAAUCUGAACGACCUUCGCCAGGACCUCUCAAAGUUUCGCAACGAAAUGAGGGACCUGCUGGGCUUCAGGACCUCCAAAUAUGCCAUGUUCUACCAAAGGAGCUAAAAAAACAAGACUAGAUAUCACUUCCCCUUUCCCCUCUUGACAGAACCUCUGCUUCUCAUUUGUAUGGGAUGCUCUGAUCCGAGCAUGUGCAAAGAACUCUUUUGAGUCACAGAAGCAACUUUUAAACCUGGACCUUAACUAGAAAUAUAUAUAGCUAUAUACAUAUAUAGAUAUUCUCAACCAAAUCCUCCUGACUCAGGCCCCGUAUGUAUUAAUCAGCUAUUCAACCUUUUUGUAAAUAAAGAAAACUAUUGUUUUCAACAGACAAAAAUGAUUUAAUGGCAUAAAGAGCUGAUUCUGCUGAAUAUAAAUGCUGCUUUUUGUUACUUUUUGAUUCCUCUCCUUGAAAACUGAUCUUUGGCCACUCAGUUGAGAAAGCUAUGAAAUCGAUCCAGUCCACGUGAGUCACAUACACACCUGACCCGUUCUCAGGCUUAGCAUAAGUUGCCUUGACCUCUCAACAGACCGAUCCACAUAUUAUUUGGCAUUAUUCGAUUUCUAGCUGAAAGUUCUUGUACAAAGGCAGACACUCGUAAGGAAUAUGUAAAAGGAGUUUUAUUUGGGAAGAUGAAAACAAAAUAGAAAUAAUAUUCAGACUUUUUCAUAUGAAAAUAUUUUUUCAUACCUCUGCCUUUUAAAAAACAAGUAAAUGAUGUAUGCUGGUAGCGGUGCUUUGCAUCUGUAAACAAGCUAAAGAAAAAGAGCUUUAGCUAGGAAGUUCAUCAUUUGUUUCACAUAAAACCAGCAUACAAUCUUUCAAAAAGAAUCACGUACAUAUUAAAUAUUGCACUUUUCAUCGCCACUUAAAAACAUCCAAAUCCUGGCCAAUCGGAUAGAACUCACACAAAUUAACUCCAGACUACUGUCAUUAAAGAAAUACAACAAUCUGACAAAUCACCUAUGGAUAUUAGGCUUGGGAAAUUGAAUACUAUAUUGGUUUCAUGCAUAUUAAAUAAUAAAUCCCACUGUUUAUUCACUCAAAGGGAAAAAUGAUAAAUGAAUAGUAGCCUACCAUCACAAGACACGGUCAGAUGUGGACACUGGAAGUUUUAAACAAUCCGAGUAAUGUUUGUUUUAUGAAGCACAUCUGUGUGAAUCGCGAUAUUUGAUAUUCGGGGCUCCUAUUACUGGCCACAAUUUAAAUUCCUGCUCAGGCCAUAACAGGAAGGUGACGAGGCAGAGUGAGAAUGGGCUGUGGUGGAAUAACGUUGGAAACAACUCAUCUGGUUGCUGAUUAGUCUGAGGUGGAAAAAAAGACUGGUCUCGUAAAAGAGUAGAAGUACAAUGUCUUCUUGUUUAUUCUUAAGGAUUGUGAUCUGCAGCUUAAUUUAUAAAUACAAACAUCUUUGUUGCACUUAAGUGAAUGAAUAAUGUAGAUUUCAUGUUUUGUUUUUUCGUCUUUGCAUCCAGAUUAAAUUAUGUGGUUGGCCUGCG